AUGUGUGGUGGUGCUAUUAUCUCCGACUUCAUCCCUGCUUCCGCGGCCGUGGUUGGUUCCCGCCGUGUUACUGCUGAUAUCCUGUGGCCGAAUUUGAAGAAAAACGGUUUCGGUUUGAAGAAAUCGUUUUUGCUUGACGAUGAUUUCGAGGCUGGGUUCAGAGAGUUCAAGGAUGAUUCUGAUUUUGAUGAUGAAGAGGAUGAGGAGGAAGAUGAAGGGUUGAUGCUCGGUGUGAAAGGUUUUUCUUUUGCUUCUGGCAACAACAAAGCUUCAAGGACCUUCUCUCGUGGAUUGGGUGCUGCAAAACCGGUGGUGUCGAAGUUGAAUGAGCAAGCUGAAAAGGAUUCGAAGAGGAAGAGGAAGAAUCAGUAUAGGGGUAUCCGACAACGUCCGUGGGGGAAAUGGGCAGCUGAGAUUCGUGACCCGAGGAAAGGAGUUCGUGUUUGGCUUGGAACCUUCAACACUGCUGAAGAAGCUGCAAGAGCUUAUGAUGCUGAAGCUAGGAGAAUCCGUGGCUCGAAAGCCAAGGUGAAUUUCCCUGAAGAGACUCCAAAUGCUUCUGCAAAACGAGUUAAGCCGAAUGCUGAGAUGCAGCUGGUGAAUAAGAAUCUGAACCCGUUCAAACCGAAUGGGAAUGCGAUGUUCAACUUCAGGGAGAAUAUGGAGAACUACUAUUCCCCUAUGGAUCAGGUUGAACAGAAGCCAAUGGUUAACAACCAGUUUGCGAACAUGGGAGCGUUUGCGGGAAAUGGAUUUCAGCUUGCAGCUGCUGAUGUUAAUGCUUACUUCAGCUCAGAGCAUUCAAGCAACUCGUUUGAGUAUUCUGAUCUAGGUUGGGGCGAACAAGCCCCAAAAACCCCUGAGAUUUCGUCUGUGUUUUCCGCUCCUGCUCCUGCUCCUCUGGAAGGCGAAUCUCAGAUCAAUCUGCAGUCCAACAAUGCUCAGGUGAUGCUACCUAUGCAAGAUGAAUCUGCAAAGACACUCUCUGAGGAGCUUGCUGAUAUCGAGUCCCAGCUGAAGUUCUUCGAGAACUCGUUUGAUGAUAACUGGAGUGAUGCUUCCUUGGCGACUUUGCUCGGUACUGAUUCAGUUCAAGAUGGUGGAAACACAAUGAGCCUCUGGAGCUUUGAAGACAUGCCCGCCAUCUCCGGCGGCGUUUUCUGA